UGGGGCUUGAUCUUCAAUUUACUUUUAGUUUUAAUUAGUGCAUACAUACAGAUACACGAAUAAAUAAAAAUAUUUCAAAGUACAAUAUAAUUAAAUAAAACGUGAUAUUAUUUCCACUAUUUGAUAAAAAGAUUAUGGCUGAUCCUCUCUUCACCGAAGAAAUUGUGAGAGAGUUCAUGCUUUCUCACAAUGGAAAAGUUUCAAAUCCUGUUCUGGUGACACAUUUUAAAAAUUUUUUAAAUGAUCCAGUAAGAAAAGUAGCGAACAGGCAGCAAUUCAAGACUUAUGUCAACAACCUGGCAAGUGUCAAAAUAGAUCCAUCUGGUGUGAAACUGUUGGUGCUGAAGAAAAAGUUUCGAGAUGGAACUGAAGGUGGAGCUACCUCUGCUUCUUUUGAGCCAUCAUCAGAGCCACCAAAACAAGUGCCUAUACAGGAGAAAAAAGUAGUAUCGACAUCUUCAAAAACUCCAGCGAAAGCCUUGCAAACAAAAGAAACGGCAUCAGACAAAACAAAAGUCCAUGAGCAUGCUGCCUCUGCUAGUGCACAAUCUGAAGUUGUCGUAGAGAAGAAAGAGGGGAUGAAGCAUGAGGAGGAAAGAAAAGUUGUUGUUUCAUCUGGCAUUCCGGUUCAAUUUUCAAGUGAAGAAGAACUUCUUAGUAAGCAGGAGGCUAAUGAAGAGCAGCAGUUCACAAAACAUGAAGAUCAAGAUCAUGACCAGGAUAAAACAUUAGUUGAGGAUGCUGAAUUGAAAACAACUGAAUCAUAUGAAAGGUUGUUAGAAAGCACCAGUGAAAAUCACUUACAGACGGAAUCUAUCAAGUCACCUGAGGUGGUUGAAGCUACUGCUGUUGCUGCUGAAAAAAUUGAUCAACCUGAACAGGUGGCUGAAGAGAGACUUGAAGCUGUGAAAGAGGAAAAAACUUUAAAUGCUGCAGAUGUUGAAAGUUGUAGAACUUUCCAGCAACAUUCUAACAACUGUUUGCAAGAGGGAUUGAGUGCUGCUAUGCAGGGUUUAUCACUGUUCAAUUCGUUCGAUUCCUCAUCACUGUCAAGCACUAAGGGACAAUGUUCUUCUGAUCAGAACAUCACCAUGACGUCAUCAUCCUCAUCGUCAUCUAUACAAUUGUCAUCAUUGAUACCCACUUCUAGAGAAGACAGAAACAGAGAUGUGGGGUUUUCCGUGCAUGAAAAACCAUUUGUCAAAAACGUCAAAGAACUUCCUAAAGAUUCGAUAAGUUUUGAUGCAACAUCACUCACAUCAUCAAUUUCAAACAUUUCAAAGACACACGUAAAAUCCAAAAGAGACACAAGAAAAUUGGCGGAAGUGAAUGGUGAAUUGGACGUCGUGGUGAUGACGGACCUGGAUCGUGAGUGGAUGUUGAAAUCAUGCAUCAGUGAUUACCAGGCCAUGUGCAAACUCCUACAGACGACACCUCACUUGGCGCCCUCGAGGAACCCCAUAACGGGCUACAAUGCGCUACACUGGGCCUGUAAGAAUGGAAAUAUGGAUGCUGUGAAGCUCUUGUGCGGAAAAUACUCUGUAGAUGUUAAUCAAAGAACUCAGGGAGGCUACACGCCAUUGCAUCUUGCUUCAAUGGGCAAUCGCGAGGAUAUCGUUGAACAGCUCGUCAAAGUCUACAAGGCUGAUGCCAGCAUUAGAGAUUACUCUGGUAAGUUAGCUAAAGCCUACCUUGGCAACGCAGCAUCAAACAGAUCACAACAGUUUUUGUUGCCUCGUAAAAUGGGUACAAUCAUUAACUACCCUACAGCUUCAUCCACCAACAAACUCAACCAGAUUUCCAUAUCCCGUCCAUUGAGUUACCACGAGAAAGAAAAUUCGCAUCCUGUGAUAUCUCCAGUUUCUACGAAACCUUUCCGCCAUCAAGAUUAUUCUUCCUUGAUGCCCCCGCCUGCUCAACUGCCCAACAUUCUGAGAAGAAAGCCUACUACCACAAGCAACAAACCAAUCCGACCUGCAACCAGUGAAGAGCAGUUAGCUUACAGUGAUUCCGAAACAACUCCGACUUUCCAACCACUUUCGUUUGCAGCCCAACUCUGCACCAGCACCCCUGACUUUGCGGUAGCUGAUGAUGGAAGUAGCAUCGUAUGAAUUGGAUGCACGUGGGUAGAUGAGUUGGAUGCUUGUAUCUUGAAUGAGUUGAAACAUGUAGUUGUAAAGAUAGGACGUAGUUGUAUGAAUUGGAUGGAUGUAGUUGUAUGAAUUGAUACAAUCGGUUUUGUUUUAGACUCUUCCAUGUCACCUAAACAUUUGUUUAGUUCCAUCUUUCAUUUUUGUGAUUUUUGCGGGUGUUUUUGGUUUAAUCCAAUAUUUUCGUAAAAGCUUGUUCUCGAUUAACAAGAUUAUAUCCAAAGCUUUUUCAAAUAAAUUAAUGUUUAUUAUAACCGGUAUAAUUGGUUUGUACUUAUCAUGUACAAAAAGCAACAUAUUAAAGUGAGUUUUAACAGAAAUAUCGGUUAUUUUAGAUCCGAACUUUUUGAAACUCCGGUAGCCAAGGCGCGUUAUAAAAAUAAUUUGAAAUAGAAUAAAUCGUUUUAAUCGACCAAA